AUGAAUACUAUUCUUAUUAAGGGUUGGGUCAGUGGAGAUUGGGUCCCCACUAAAAACUCAUUAUGGCUUGAUUGUGAUUGUGCAACAGCAGGUCACCAACAAAGUGAGGCACCUGGAAAAUUGCAAGAGUGCCGGAAUAAUGUGAUUCAAAGUGUGCUCCAGUCUUGUGGGGCACUUCAGCAGUUGAGAGAGCUUCAGUAUCCCAAGUGUGGUAUCUUUUGCUGCAGUGUCGAGCAACGUUCCUCCCUUCUGAUUUCGGACUUGAGGAGGCCAAGAAACGUGACGAAAGUGAGUGAGGAAACAGACUUGAGUGCUCUUGUACUUGUAAUCUUCUUAUACAAUUAG